GGGGUGGGCCACUUUUCUAUAUGUAAAGUUAAUAUAUAUAGGUCAAAAUAAAAAGCUUUUUCAAAACGUCUACAAAUUUAUAUGUAUCAUGAGCAUUGUGCUUAUUUCUUGUUCUUGUAUGUUUCAGGAUCUCUUGUAAAAACUAGUAAAGAAGUCUGACCAUGGACCCUAGGACUUGGGCCCAGGAUGUGUUACGGUGUCGUCUUUGUGAGACCCCGGGACCCCCUAUGUACUGUGACAUUUGUCACAUACAUCUGUGUAAAGCCUGUGUGGGGGAACAUCUCUCUGAUCAAUCCAAAGAACACAAAGUGCUGCCAUUUGAAAAGAGGGGAUCUACUACUAAAUGUCCAAAACAUUCCUCAAAGAUUUGUGAACUUUACUGUAAACAAUGCGUUGUUCCUAUUUGUGCACUCUGUGUUUCCUCCAAGAAACAUCACGCACAUGAUGUUGUUGACAUUGCGAAUGGUUUAGAAAGCCACAAACAUGACUUUCAGAAAGAUUUAAAAGAAUUAGAAGAUUUCCUUUAUCCUAAAUACCAGAAGAUUGCAUCCAACAUUGCAGUUCAGAAAUCAGAACUAAAUAAAAACUCUAAGAAAUUUACAUCAGCAAUAGACAAACAAGGAGAAGUCUGGCACAGAGAAAUAGACACCAUUAUACAGAAACUGAAAUCUGAUCUUGAUGAAAUGGACGCCAAACACCUGGCUGUCUUAAACAAACAGGAAGAUGAAAUCACACGCACCAUUUCUGAAAUCACACAGAGCAUUGCUGAUCUGAAGAAGUUAUUGGACUCCAAUGAUGUCAGCCGUGUCGCUGCCUACAAAUCCAGGAUUGCUGAAUUCAGAAGAUUGCCUCCUAAACUCACAGUUUCUCUACCAAACUUCACCCCUCAGAAAAUUAACCCAGAACAACUUUACCAACAAUUUGGUUCCCUGUCAGCAUUCUCCAUUACAACAGAGGAACAUGGCUACACCAUGGAAACCUCAGAAGCUGGAUCCUCUCCUCUCACACCCCUGCUUGAUGAGCCACGGAUCAUCUCCACCAUACAGACACAAUAUAAACAUUCACUAACCAGUGUUACUUGUCACAGUGAUGAAGAAAUCUGGACGUGUAGUUAUAUUAAUGAGAUGAUGAGUCUCUACAACCUGCAGGGAAAACUAGUGAAGUCAGUCCAAACCAAGUCAGGGAUCGGUUCAUGGGACAUAGCAGUGACAAGGAGUGGGGAUCUAGUUUAUACUGAUAGAAGUGAUAGAACUGUGAACAUAGUGAAGAAUACACAGAUACAGACAGUGAUCAGACUACAGGGGUGGGGACCUCGCGGUGUCUGUAGUACCUCCUCUGGUGACCUCCUGGUUGUCAUGGACAGUGGUGAUUAUAAACAAACAAAAGUUGUGUGUUACUCUGGCUCCACAGAGAAACAAAGUAUUCAGUACAACGACAAAGGACAACCUCUCUAUUCAUCUGGUGGAUACAUCAGUGAGAACAGGAACCUAGAUAUCUGUGUGUCAGACUAUGACGCCCGUGCAGUAGUGGUGGUCAAUCAGGCCGGGAAACUCCGGUUUACCUACACUGGUCCUCCCUCUACUACCAAGGGAUCAUUUGGUCCACGCGGCAUCACAACAGACAGCCAGGGUCGGAUCCUGACAACAGACUGGGACAACCACCGUAUCCAUAUCCUGGAUCAGGACGGACAGUUCCUCCGCUACAUUGACAACUAUCAUUUACAGGAUCCACAGGGUUUAUGUGUGGACACCAGAGACAACCUCUUUGUGGCUGAGUACCGCACAGAGUGUGGAUGUUACUGUCAUAGUUUUGUUCAUCGAAACAAGCUGUCAGAUGUCCACCUCUUUUCUCCUUACUUGCUAAGAGAUGCUUAUUAAUAUUAAUAGAUUGUCAGAAUCAGAAAUGUUGUACCUGCUCUGUUGUGUGACAUGUACUCUAGCUGUUUCAACUGAAAUACACAA